AUGAAAUAUUUAAUUGCAAUUUUAUUAGCUUUGUUAGCUAUUAGUGUUACUUCUGCAAAUUUCCAAUGUGGUAAAUAUGCUUGUUUACCAGGUCACUCAUGUAUUUGUGAUAAUGGUAUUUUCAAAUGUGUUUAUGUUUGUGAAGAAUUAACAAUUGUUCAAACUGUAACUGAACGUUGGGUUGACGGUGCUGAUGGUCCAAGUGUUAAAGUUGAUGUUGAAGUUAUUAAUCAUACUCAUCGUACAAUUAAAGAUAUUGUUAUUGCAACUGAUGCUAAGUUAAAUGCUGGUCAAAUUUGGGGUGCUCAAUUAAAUGGUUUCUAUAUUAAUAUGGCUAGUUAUGUUUCAAUUGCUCCUGGUAAAAGUUAUCACUUUGGUUAUAUCAACAAAGGUGAUCAUGCUGCUCGUCUCUGGGUUCAAAAUAUUUUUAUCUCGGCAUAG